AAAUAAAAAACAACAGGAAAGAAGAAGAAAAAUCAAAGUUGACGACUUAACCUGUGCUUCAGUCUUCCUCUCAUUCGAAUCCCAUGCUUUGUUGAUUCAAGUCCCCAUACCAUAGUUUCAAAAGCUACAAUCAUCACAGCCGAAACUAAGCCCCUCUGAACACCAUUUUUCCAUGGCGAUUGCUAUGCUCCAUAGAAUUCAACACUUUCUGUGUCUAAUACUUGUUUUUCUUCUUCCAUUCUCAUCACUGCUGUUCCCGUCACUCGGAUACAACGUCCCAGAUAAAUAUUUUAUCAAUUGUGGGUCUGAUAGCAAUGUUACCGUAGGUGACAAGGUUUACGUUGGUGAAUCAAACCCUGUAGCCCGUUUUAGCAGAAGCAAAACAGAGAGCAAUGAAUCACAGGUGCCUUCUCCUCUCUACCAAACAGCAAGGAUUUUUCGACGUGAGUCCUCAUAUGAGUUCGGUAUCGACACAAAUGGCACCUAUCUGGUACGCCUCCAUUUCUUCUCUUUCACUUCACGGAGUAAUCUUUACUCGGCCAGGUUCAACAUCUCGGUUCCGGGGUUCUGGUUGGUCCAAAAAUUUGAUGCCAGAAAUGAUACCGAAAACAACGCUGAUCCGGUAAAAGAGUUUUUCAUGGAGAUCACUUCCCCCACCUUCAAAAUUAUAUUCAGACCUCUGCCAUCAUCAUUUGCAUUUGUGAAUGCUAUUGAACUCUUCCUACUCCCUCUCAAUUUGAUUAGCAAUAAUGUCUCGCAUUUCACUUUUAGUGGUUACAUGGGCUUAACUAGUUACAGACCAGGUUUGUAUUCUCGCGUGUUGGAGACCAAACUUAGGCUGAAUGUGGGUGGCCAAAUUGUCACUGGUCCAGAUAACUUAUUGAGAAAGUGGUUUCCAGAUGAUAGUUAUUUUGCAAAUCCAGAAAAUGCCAAGAAUCGUUCCCCUUUCAUGGGUCGAAUUGAGUACCAUGUAGGUGAUGACUCAGAUGGUCCAUACGCAAAUAAAUUUACCGCGCCAAGUGAUGUGUACAGAACUGCUAAAGAGAUUAAUAGCAGCUCUUCCAGUGCUGGAAACAUAACAUGGGCUCUUCCCGUGGACUACAACACAGAUCAUCUUCUUCGGCUUCACUUCUGUGACUAUUGGAGUCCACAAAUUGAUCAUGCAUACAUCAAUCUGUUCAUUUACGAUACCUAUGUCAUGCCCGUAAAUAUUUAUGACCCAGAAGUGUCUAAGGAGUUGCCAGCCCCUUAUUAUUUUGAUUUUGUGGUACACUCUGAUGACUCUGGGUUUAUGAAGGUCAGCAUAGCACCUGAUGCAUCCGCUCGCAUUCGUGAUGCGUUUUUAAACGGGCUAGAAAUAAUGAAAAUAAUUGAGAGAUCAAGUUCUGUUCCUCCUUACCUGGACGAACCCAAUUCUGAGCACAAUCGUCUUCCUGUGGUGCUAGGUUCAGUCCUGAUUAUUUUUAUGAUGAUACUUGGCUUUCUUUGGCGUCUUAAAAUAACGAAGGAAAAACCCACUGAGAAUUCAGACUGGUUGCCAAUGCUCGUUACUGCUGGAGGGAGUUCUCAAAGUAGAUUGACUGAGGGAACCAGUCAAGGCUCUGCUCUUCCCAACAUAAAUCUUGGUCUGAAAAUUCCAUUGCUUGAUCUUCAAUUGGCAACCAAUAACUUCCAUGCAAGUCAGAUAAUUGGAAAGGGUAGUUUUGGCAACGUCUAUAAAGGGGUUCUUCAGAAUGGCAUGACAGUCGCUGUGAAAAGAGGUGAGCCGGGGUCGGGUGAAGGCCUUCCAGAAUUUCACACCGAGAUCGUGAUUUUGUCCAAGAUUCGUCACAAGCACCUUGUUUCCUUAAUUGGGUAUUGUGAUGAAAACUUUGAGAUGAUACUGGUUUAUGAGUACAUGGAAAAAGGAACACUCAGAGACCAUUUGUCCAAUAAAAACUUGCCAAGGUUGUCUUGGAAGAAUAGGCUUGAAAUUUGCAUUGGAGCUGCCAGUGGUCUUCAUUACCUUCACAAAGGAGUGGAUGGGGGGAUCAUUCACCGUGAUGUAAAGUCUACAAACAUAUUGCUUGAUGAGAACCUUGUAGCCAAAGUUGCUGACUUUGGUCUUUCAAGGACUGGUCCUGUUGAUCAUCAACCAUAUGUAACCACUGUUGUUAAAGGCACUUUCGGGUAUCUUGAUCCUGAGUAUUUCAAGACGCAACAGCUGACAGAAAAAUCUGAUGUAUAUUCAUUUGGGGUCGUUCUUUUGGAAGUGUUGUGUGCAAGAGCAGUGAUUGACCCAUCGCUUCCAAGAGACCAGAUAAACUUGGCUGAAUGGGGAAUACUCUGCAAAAAUAAGGGGAUGCUCCAAGAUAUUGUUGACCCUUCCAUUAAGGACCAAAUAGAUCAAAACUCGCUCAGAAAAUUUAGUGAGACAGUAGAAAAAUCCUUGCAAGAAGAUGGUUCUGAUAGGCCAACCAUGGAUGCUUUGUUGUGGGACUUGGAGUAUGCGCUGCAGAUUCAGAGAGGUGUGCAGGAUGAGGAUAGUUCUAUUAGUGUUUCUGCAUCACUUCAAUUGCCCAGUGUUCGGCGUCUUCCAUCACUCUCCACACUAAGUGAAGUGGCUGAAUUUGCUAUUGUGACCGGUAAUGAGUCCAAUUGUGCUGCGGAUUCUGUUUUCUCUUUAUUGAAAAUUGAUGACGCCAGAUAGAAUAUUGAUCCCUUCAAUAAGGGUACUCAUUGUACACCUAGAUAUUCAAUUUGUCCACUGCCUGCAUUACUUGCCCGAUUCGAAGAUGGACUCUAUUUUAAUAUGUAUUCAAAAGGUAAUAAGAAAAAACGGGAGGAAGAAGGAGGGACAGAUUCUAGAGCGCAUUCUUUUGGCAUCAAUUUCUCACAGAAAAUGGUUAACUUCUCACCUGAGGGAAAAGGAACACGUACUCAGUUGAAGGAGUCAUGCUAGUUUUCUUUUUUGUUUAUUGGUCUUCUUCCCUCUCUUCACUCCUCAUGUGCAUUUCAUACCCAGAAAAUAUGUCCAUUCUAUGUAUUUGCUAUUUGGCACCACUUUUAUGAUUUACCAUGGUUUUUGAUCAUUGAAGGGGGAAUGCAAGGAUAAAAUUCGUUGAGUAAUUUAUUCUCUUUCUCACAUUA